AGUGACUUCCCGUGGCGCAGAGAACGCGGUAAAACGUUCUUCCGGUUUGCACGAGGAGGAGGGCCGCAUGGCAUCCGACAGCAACAUGGCUAACGUGAACGGACGGGAGCCCGUUUCCCUGAACGGGGAGCCGGUCGUGAAGCGGGCGAGGGAGAACGUGCAGCUGAGCGCCUCGCUGCGGACCCCGAAGGAGCCCCAGAACAAAGUGACCGUGGUGCUCGGAGCUCAGUGGGGCGACGAAGGCAAAGGAAAAGUUGUGGACUUGCUCGCCAUGGAUGCCGAUAUCGUCUGCAGAUGCCAGGGAGGCAACAACGCAGGUCACACCGUGGUGGUGGAUUCGGUGGAGUAUGACUUCCACCUGCUGCCCAGUGGGGUCCUCAACAAGAAGGCCACCUCCUUCAUCGGGAAUGGAGUGGUGAUCCACCUUCCAGGUCUGUUCGAAGAGGCGGAGAAGAACCUCCAUAAGGGCAAAGGGUUGCAAGGAUGGGAGGAGAGGCUGAAGAUCUCUGACCGCGCACACAUCGUGUUCAACUUCCAUCAAGCUGUUGAUGGAAUUCAAGAGCAGCAGCGGCAGCAGCAGGAAGGGAAAAAUUUGGGAACAACUAAGAAAGGGAUCGGACCUGCUUACUCCUCCAAAGCAGCCCGGAGCGGCCUGCGGGUCUGCGACCUCGUCUCAGAUUUCAGCGUUUUUGAGGACAAGUUCCGGAAGCUGGCGGGACAUUACCUGGUGAUGUAUCCCAACCUGAACAUCAACAUUGAAGAAGAACUGGAGCAGCUGAAGGGAUUUGCAGAGAGACUGCGUCCUCUGGUCACUGAUGGCGUGUAUUUCAUGCACAAAGCUCUGACCGGGCCCAGUAAGAAGAUCCUGGUGGAGGGGGCCAACGCCGCUCUCCUGGAUAUCGACUUCGGGACGUAUCCGUUUGUGACGUCCUCAAACUGCACUGUGGGCGGGGUCUGCACCGGCCUCGGCGUGCCUCCCUCACACGUCGGUCGAGUCUACGGCGUGGUCAAAGCGUACACGACGCGCGUGGGCGUGGGAGCUUUCCCCACGGAGCAGGAUAAUGACAUCGGGGAGCUGCUCCAGUCCCGGGGGAGGGAGUUUGGCGUGACGACGGGUCGGAGGAGGCGGUGCGGCUGGUUGGACCUGGUUUUGGUCCGGUACGCCCACAUGGUCAACGGCUUCUCUGCCAUUGCUCUGACCAAGCUGGACAUUUUGGACACCUUACCUGAGAUCAAAGUGGGCGUGGCCUAUAAGGUUGACGGGCAGCCUCUGCCAAGUUUUCCAGCAAACAUGGACGUGUUGACGCGGGUUCUGGUGGACUACGAGACGCUGCCCGGCUGGUGCUGCAGCACGGAGACGGCCAGGAGCUUCGAGGAUCUUCCUCCUCAGGCACAGAAUUACAUUCGGUUCAUCGAGGACUUCCUGCAAGUGCCAGUGAAGUGGGUCGGAGUCGGCAAGUCCAGAGAAAGCAUGAUCAAACUGUUUUAAGCGGCGGCGACUCCUCUCCAGUCAAGUUGAAAACGCCUGGAUGGAGCCGAGGAGCUUCACCAGCACCACCUGUGGACCCGUAGCUGCUGGUUCUGUCCCGUUUGCUGGCGUUCUGCAGAUUUAGCAUAAACUUCUUCACGUCGAUUCCGUUUUUAAGAGGGUGUUGAUUUUAAACCAGGUAGAAAAGGGCCAAUAAUUCCCAUUAUUGUGAGGCACCGUUGGUUUUAGUCUGGCAUUGUUCUGUUUUCUACUCUAGAGCCGCUGAUGAACAGACCUGAAGCCUUUUUGUCAAAGGACUUCACACUGACCCACAACAUUUCCAGCUUUUGUAACUUUGUGAAGAAAAACUGUUUUAUUGUUGAAUUAAAACGGAAACAUCUCUUGUUUAGAUUGUAAAAAAAAAUAUGGGAGUGAAGCAAAGGUAGCUUUCUGAAAACAGCGGAGUGGGCUGAAGGUUUGUGUAAAUGUAAAGACAAGAUGAUGUACAGAGUCCAUCUUCAUUUCUCCAACCUUAACGCCGGUCACACACUUCCUCAUCUUGCUUCUAUGAAUAAAACAAGACAUCCGAAGG